AAACAAAAACAGAGGACAACCGUGCAAUGUUUUUCAGUCCUAAAACCCUAAAAAUAUCCCACACCUCCCCCUCCCAGAUCUCGCCACAACAUUUCCUAAAUCCAAUACAUUAAAACUUUCUGUUUUUCUUUGAUUCGAUUUAUUUACAUUUUCACCAAUAAUAAUAAUAAUUUAUAACAGCUUACUUGAUUUUCAAUCUUUGCUGAAUCUAUAAUGGCUGCCAACAAUAAUAAUAUGCAAGCAGCAAUGGAUAAAGAACAGAUAUAUAUGAUGGCACAAACAGAGAUGGAAUACAGGGUCGAAUUGUUUAACAAGUUAACCAACACAUGUUUUUCUAAGUGUGUUGAGAAUAGGUACAAAGAGUCUGAGUUAAACAUGGCUGAAAACACCUGCAUUGAUCGUUGUGUAUCGAAAUAUUGGCUGGUUACAAAUCUUGUAGGCCAGCUGCUUGGAUCUGGAAGGCCACCCAUGUGAAUCUUUCACUUUGUCAAUUGUUAUUCAAUAAUACCCGAGGAUUAUGACUAUGUAGAUCUGUAGUGCAAGCCCGGGCUGUUAAAGACCACAUGUUAGCUACCUAUUUUUGCUUAUUCUAGUUUUGUUUAUUGAUAAAUCAUAUAGAAUUUUCGUUGUAUGAACUAUAACACAAUUUUGGGCUGCCUGCAGAAUAUUUCUUAAAUGAUAUCGUACUAUGUUAUGUCUGUUA